AUGAAGUUUCUAGUAUUUGCGUUGUUGCUGGCCAGCACUGUUUCUCUCGCAAGGAGUGCAGCCCCCGAAGCCCCUCCGGGAACCGAAUAUCUUGGUGAAGGGUUUUGCGUACCAGUACUGCUAGGUUAUAGUAGUAAUAAUCAUGGCGGCCAAGGUUAUGAUUUGUGCGAAACAUUGGAGCCGAAGAGUGCCACGGAAUGUCAUGAGCUGUGUCUUUCCACCCCAGGAAGGCUUCAAGGCUUUCUACUGUCCGAUAUAGUGGAUGCUAGCGAGGAUUUCUACUCUUUCGAUGUUGGUGACGCGGAUGAGGGCAAAUGUACUUGCUUGUAUGACGGUGGUUCCUUGGAAUGGGAUUUGCAGGAGACCACCGGGCGCAAACCACCUGGAUUCAAUUAUUGCGCAAACAGCUCCUCCGCAGUACUAGACCCCGUUUACGAUUUCAGUGCAAAGGAAGGAACCUUUUGCUACAGGGAACAAGCCAUCGUCUCCAGACCACCACCCAUCCCCGAGGUCACUGGUGUGGAUCCAGCCUCACCGUAA